CGUCGUAACGGAGCGCCGUCGCCGGCGUUUCGGGCUGUGCGGGGCAGCGGGGUAGCCGCCAUCGGGGCGAGAAGCGGUUCCGCCACCCCGCUUCGGCUCGGCUCCUUUCAGCGCCUUUUGGCUCCUUUCGGCUCGGCUUCGGCUCGUUCCGGCUCGGCUCGUGCCGCUCCCUCGCGCUGCGCCGAUGCGCGGCAGGCGGUGAGCAUGAGCCUCUUCAACCUGGACCGCUUCCGCUUCGAGAGGCGGCGAGGCGGCGCGGGGCAGGAGGCCGGGCCGCUGGGGGCUCGGGGGCAGGCCGCCGCCCCGGCCGGCGAUGGCGAGGAGCGGGGUGAAGGCGAGGACGGCGGCAGGCCCGGCUCCCCGGCCUCGGGCGGGGCGGAGAGAACCGGGUACUCCAGCGUCCCAGAAACUCCUGAAGAUGAGAGGACAAAUAAGCUGUCUUAUUUCAAGCGUCGAAGAGGAGUACAAUUCCUAGACUUGUCUUCAGACAGUGAAGAUGAAGAACCAAGAAAUUUCCAUGCUGCAAAAUUAAAAAGGGCUCCAACGGAAGAUGUGAUUGUAAUCUCUGAACAGUCUAAGGAUGAUGAGCAGCCUGAGGAUGAAUUGACCCAGUUGGCGUAUGUAAAUGGUGGAGGUCAGCUGCCAGACAUGAAGAAUGGUGUGGAGGAAGACAUCAAAGGUGCAAAGCUGCAAACAAUGAAGGAACUUUUCCCCCAGAGAAGUGACCAGGAUUUACUAGAAUUGAUAGAAUCGACGCACACAAUGGAUGAAGCGAUAGCUGCUGGUUUGAAGUUCAGUGAUGAAGCUACUUUUCGUAAAAGGAAACUAAAAGGUUCCCCCAGAAAUUGUGACAACAGUGAUGAGGAAGCUGCAAAAAAGCCAAAAGCUAAUCAUCUGGAUGGAUCAGAAUCCCAAAGACGAUGGGAGAAGAGAGAGAUGCUUGUAAAGAAGCUGCAAAAUACAUUCCCUGGAUUGGAUAAGGAGGAACUGAGAGAUGUACUUCAGGAACAUAACUGGGUGUUUCAUGAAGCACAAGAAGCCCUGAGAGUAUUUGCAGAAGACAGUGAAGGCGUGGAAUUUCCUUCCAAAAGUGAAGUUUCUGACUGGACCAAAGUCUCUGCAAACAGCAGAGGUGAUGAGAAUAAACAGAAGUUGAAGCGGAAAUCUUCUGGGAGAGAGCAUAACGGCUUUAGGAAAAAAAGCAAAAGUGUUUGGAGCACUAAAAGACAGAUGGAAGACUCGGAGGACGAGUCAGCUUCUGAAGAAGGUGGUAGCUCCCUUGACCAGGACUACAGCAGUGGUGACGAAGUGAUGGAGGAUGGUUACAAAGCUAAAAUCCUUAGCUUCCUGCAAGAUGCUUCCCCCAGUGAACUCACACUGAUUCCCCAGUGUUCUCAGAAAAAGGUUCAGAAGAUAAUAGCGCUCCGGCCCUUUAAUAGUUGGGAAGCUCUGUUUACAAAAAUGACUAAGACUACUGGCUUGUCGGAAGACAUAGUGUGGAAUUGCAAGAUCCUGCUGAAGGAGAGGGACGUGGUUCUCAAGCUCAUGAAUAAAUGUGAAGACAUUUCAAAUAAACUGACAAAACAAGUAACUAGGAUUACUGAAGAUGGAGGAUGUGGAUGGAAUAUAGAGCAGCCUUCCAUUCUGAAUAAGAGUUUGGAACUGAAGCCAUAUCAGAAGAUUGGUUUGAACUGGUUAGCACUUCUUCAUAAACAUGGAUUGAAUGGUAUUUUGGCUGAUGAAAUGGGCUUAGGAAAAACAAUUCAAGCUAUUGCGUUUCUGGCUUAUCUCUACCAAGAGGGCAAUAGAGGUCCCCACUUGAUAGUUGUGCCAGCUUCAACAUUAGAUAACUGGAUAAGAGAAGUUCAUCUGUGGUGUCCUGAACUGAAUGUCCUUUUUUACUAUGGAUCCCAGGAAGACCGGAAACAUCUCCGGGCGGACAUUAAUAAUAAAGUUGUAGAUUUCAAUGUCAUUGUAACUACGUAUAACUGUGCAAUUAGCAGCUCAGAUGAUCGAGGACUGUUUCGCAGGUUGAAGCUUAACUAUGCAAUUUUUGAUGAAGGUCAUAUGCUUAAGAACAUGAGCUCUGUACGCUACCAGCACCUUAUGACAAUUAAUGCGAAGAAUCGCUUACUGCUAACAGGAACUCCGGUUCAGAAUAAUUUGUUGGAAUUGAUGUCUCUCUUGAAUUUUGUCAUGCCACAUAUGUUCAGUAGCAGCACUAGUGAAAUCCGAAGGAUGUUCUCUUCAAAAACAAAGAGUGCUGAAGAACAAAGCAUAUAUGAAAAGGAGAGGAUUGCACACGCAAAGCAGAUAAUAAAACCAUUCAUCCUAAGAAGAGUAAAAGAUGAGGUCCUUAAACAGCUACCUCCCAAAAAAGAUCUCAUUGAAUUAUGUGCCAUGUCUGAGAAACAAGAGCAACUCUACUGUGAUCUCUUAAAUAAGCUAAAGAAAACUAUUAACAGUAAUGAGAAAAACUCUGAUAUGGGAAAUGUAAUGAUGCAACUUAGAAAAAUGGCUAAUCAUCCUCUCUUACAUCGUCAGUAUUACACAACUGACAAGCUUAGAACAAUGUCCACACUCAUGCUCAAGGAACCCACACAUUGUGAUGCAAAUCCUGACCUUAUCUUCGAAGAUAUGACAGUAAUGACAGAUUUUGAACUACAUUUGCUUUGUAAGCAAUACUCUCAUGUCAGUGACUUCAAGUUAGACAUGGAUCAGAUCUUGGAUUCUGGAAAGUUUAGAGCACUGGAACGUAUUCUGUCUGACCUUAAAGAGAAGGGUGACAGAGUUGUGUUGUUUAGCCAGUUUACCAUGAUGCUGGAUAUCUUGGAAGUUCUCCUAAAACACUGGCAACAUAGGUAUAUUAGGUUGGAUGGAAGAACACAGAUUUCUGAUAGGAUACAUCUGAUAGAUCAGUUCAAUACAGAUAUGGGAAUAUUUGUGUUCCUCCUGUCAACCAAAGCUGGUGGCUUGGGAAUCAAUCUGACUUCAGCAAAUGUUGUUAUUCUUCAUGACAUUGAUUGCAACCCAUACAACGAUAAGCAAGCAGAAGAUCGAUGCCAUAGAGUAGGUCAGACAAGAGAAGUAAAAGUCAUAAAGCUGAUCAGUAAAGGGACUAUUGAAGAAUCCAUGCUCAAAAUCAGCCAGCAGAAAUUGAAGUUAGAACAAGAUAUGACUGCAGCGGAUUCGGGAGAAGAAGGGACCAUUCCAGCAGAUAUAGCCACAUUAUUAAAAGCCUCGUUAGGCCUCUAAAAUGUAAAUGUGGAAUUCAAGGAAUAAAGGUAAUGUUGUACCCCAAGGACUCGUUCAUAAAGUUUAUGGUCACCAAUAAUGUAAAUUUAUAACUUUUUAUAGUUUCUUCAUUGUAUUCCUCGUGGUAUUGACAAUUUUUAACACAACAGCAUUCUUCUGAUGCUUGAAAACAGAAAUAGCACAAAUGUGCCAACAUCAGAUGCUGAAAAAACAUUAUUUUAGAGGACAUUUUUCAAAAUGGGGACCUAAGUAGUAAUUGUUUUAACAAAUCUGCUACUGCUUAAGAUUUGUCAGUAUUUUUGUAAUUAUUUCUACCUCCAAAUAUAUAUAUGAAAUGACUGUCUGUUUCACUGGAUUAUGCGUGUAGAUUUUUUAUAUGUGCCUUAUUUGACAAUGCUCGAGUCUGUUUCUGCUUGUUUCGGUUUACUUGAUGUACUGUACUGGUUUUGUAUCAAUUUGUUCAAAUAAAAUUCCAUCGAUUAACAAAA